AUGCCUAGAUUAAGGUUGAAGUUAGUAUUAGUGUGGUUGUGUUGUGUUAUGGUGAGGUUUGGUGUGGUAUUGGGUAGUAGUAGUGAUAGCAAUACUAACUCAGAUGAAAUGGAGUUAGAGCCAGAUGUCGAAUUUUGGCCACCUUUAGCUCAAGCAUUGUUAGAAGAUAGUUCAUGCGUAGAAUGGGAUAAUUUCCAUUUAUCUGGCCUAGAUAACUUCAAUAGCGAAAUGCCAGAACACCGAGCACAGUUAGAGAGAAAAAGAAUGACUGCUUGUUUGGAAUGGAUGCAUAUAAUGGUUCAACCUUUGGUAGGAAACCGGUUGAUAGAAUUUUGUAAUCCAGAUGGUUCCAUAGGCUGGAUUCUUGAGAUGAAUUCAAUAGAGGAUCGAAUGCGAGUGGUAGAAGAUAUGCAGGUAGUGAAACUAAUAAGCUAUUUGUGUAAGUUGAAAGAAACACCAGGCGUAUGUAAAGUCAUCGACAUAUACUUCUGCCAGACACUGAAAAUAAGAACUAACGGCUUUUAUAUUCGCCCAACUCCCAACCCAACUCCCAACCCAACUAGUACUAACCCAAAUGAGAAAUUGACAACCUACCAACAGUGUCUAGAAGCCUUACAACCCCUGAAAAAGAUCACUAGUCCGGAUCGGAUAAGGAUUGUCGGAGAGACAACGGAAAAUGAGAUGUUAGACCAACUUGAGCUGCUAUUGUUUCUACUGCGGAUUGCGGAUAGUCCUACAAUCGAAAUAAACUGGACGGACGCGAAUAUGGCCCCGCUUGAUGUGAAAUCAGUAGAUAGGUUUAGGCCUUUACUGGAGGGCAUCCCCGCGAAGCUGAAAAAGAGCGAACUUGUUAUUAAGAUCGCUACUUCAUGUAAUCGUGAGCUUUGGGACGCCUUCCUUAAGUUGGUUGGCGAAAAAUACGAUAUCAAAACGAAACAUGUGAGAGAUUAUCCGGUAGUGUCGCUUAAUGCCAACUCAACUUAG